AGCAAGUUUGCGCCUUCCAUUGCUGCAUUGUGAACGAUCAAGGGUCAAUUGGGCAAGAUGAGAGCAGUCGAACUUGCGUGCCGUAGGGGACCGGCUUUCAGCCGCCUCUUGGCCAGAAAACGACUCACGACCCGAUCAUUCGCAACACCCUCCUUCGACAGCUCGAACCCGCGGAUCCCGCCGUAUAUGAACACGCUUCAGAAGUAUGAGAAGGUUCGAGAGAUUCUGGGUCAGGCUAGAGCCCUCACCCUCGCCGAAAAGAUCUUGUAUAGCCACUUGGACAAUCCCGAGGAGUCACUCAUGACGAACACGGACGGCGGGCGCAACAUUAGAGGCCAAGCGAAUCUGAAGCUCAAGCCCGAUCGGGUAGCUAUGCAGGAUGCUUCGGCGCAGAUGGCACUGCUCCAAUUCAUGACUUGUAACCUGCCAUCCACUGUCAUUCCGGCAAGCAUCCACUGCGACCACCUGAUUGUGGGAGAGCGGGGUGCUCAGGCUGAUCUGGAGGCCGGCAUCCAGGUGAACCAGGAGGUUUUCGACUUCUUGGAGUCCGCGUCUAAGAAAUAUGGAAUCGAGUUCUGGCCCCCCGGAGCUGGUAUCAUCCACCAGAGUGUCCUAGAGAACUACGCCGCUCCGGGUCUGAUGAUGCUGGGUACCGACAGUCACACGCCAAAUGCAGGAGGAUUGUCCACUAUUGCUAUUGGUGUCGGCGGUGCCGACGCUGUUGAGGCUCUGGUAGGCGCGCCAUGGGAGCUCAAGGCGCCUCGCAUACUUGGUGUCGAGUUGAAGGGCCAGCUUAGUGGCUGGGCUUCGCCCAAGGACGUUAUCCUGAACCUGGCCGGUCAACUCACUGUCCGAGGCGGCACGGGCUUCAUCAUCGAGUACUUUGGAUCCGGCGUCGAGACCCUCAGUUGCACGGGCAUGGCAACUAUGUGUAAUAUGGGAGCUGAAGUCGGUGCCACAACCUCCAUUUUCCCAUUCAGCCCAGCACACGUACGAUACCUCGAGGCAACCCACCGCCACGAUGUAGCAGCAGAGGCUAAGAAGUUUUCUGAUAUCGUCAAGCUGAGGGCUGAUGAUGGAGCCAAGUUUGACGAGGUGAUCACUAUUGACCUCUCGACGUUGGAACCCCACAUUAACGGACCAUUUACUCCCGACUUGUCGACACCAUUGUCUCAAUUUAAGGACACCAUCAAGGAGCAGGAGUGGCCUGAGAAGCUGUCUGCCGGUCUCAUUGGUAGCUGCACAAACAGUUCAUAUGAGGACAUGACGCGAGUCGAGAGCAUGGUCCGGGAAGCAAUGGCAGCAGGUCUGAAGCCCGUAUCAGAUUUCUACAUCACACCUGGAAGCGACCAGAUCAGAGAGACCCUAGCUCGCGAUGGACCUCUAGCAACUUUCAAGGAAGCCGGUGGCACAGUGCUCUCUAAUGCGUGCGGUCCUUGCAUUGGACAGUGGAAACGCCAGGACGGGGUCGAGAAGGGCACUCCUAAUGCCAUUCUGACCUCUUACAACCGAAACUUCCGCGGUCGCAACGACGGAAACCCUGAUACCAUGAACUUCCUCGCUUCUCCCGAAGUCGUCACCGCAAUGGCCUUCGCAGGCACCACCACCUUCAACCCCAUGACCGACGCCCUCACCACCUCUUCCGGCAAGGAAUUCCGCUUCACACCUCCUUCCGGUCUCGAAAUCCCGCCCCAACCCUUCGCUGCCGCCCGCGAACCAUUCCGCGCCGUCAUAGCAGCUCCCGACGCCUCGGCCAGCGUGGCCAUCGCACCGACCUCCGAGCGCCUCGCCCUCCUCGAACCCUUCGAUCCCUUCCCUGCUUCCGACCUCACAGGACUGCGUGUUUUGGUAAAGAUUACAGGAAAAUGCACAACGGAUACCAUCUCGGCUGCCGGCCCAUGGUUGAAAUACAAGGGCCAUCUGCCCAACAUCAGCGCUAAUACGCUGAACACGGCAUUCAAUGCCGAGACGGGCGAGGUCAACGCAGCAUACGAUCUUGAUGGCAGCAAGCACACCAUCCCAGAAUUAGGACAGAGGUGGAAGGAAGCCAAACAGCCUUGGCUGGUGGUAGCAGAGCACAACUACGGCGAAGGCAGCGCACGAGAGCAUGCUGCCUUGCAACCGCGAUAUCUUGGGGCGCGCAUCGUGCUAACCAAGAGUUUUGCACGCAUCCACGAGACGAACCUGAAGAAGCAGGGUGUAGUUCCUUUGACCUUCGCCGACGAGACGGACUACGACCGGAUAGGAGCCUGCGACGAAGUCGCCACAGAAGGGCUCUAUGAUAUGCUCCACAAUGGGGGCAAAGGUGAGGUGCGGCUGCGAGUUACCAAGCAUAAGACUGGCGAGGUAGUCAUCAUCAAGACUAAGCACGCCAUUAGCGUAGACCAAGCCGGGUUUAUUCUGGCGGGGAGCGCGUUGAACUUGUUAAGCAAGGGCGCGUAAGGCGUUUUCGUUAUACGAUUGGGAUAGAAGUGAUCAAAAAUCGGGUGUCAGGCGAAAAUAAAGGUAUAUACCACACAUGCACGGCAAGAGCACAGUUUCAAGGUCUGUCACAAUUUGGAACGGAUAAGGUAACAUAAAAAUAAAUAAAAAAUGAAUCAAUCGAGUGC